AUGACCCGGCGGCCGAGAGCGCGGCCCAUCCAAUCAGAGCGGGGCGAACAGUGGCAGAACGCAGUGGGCGGACGGAUCGUUCCGCCGCCCCGGUGCCAGGCAGGCGGUGAGGAAGGAGGCGUGGAGAGGGUGAAGGAGACGGAUGAGCCCGGCUGGCAGGACUGUCAAGGAGAAGCCGCCUGUCUGUCUGUGUGCUUGCGUGCCUGCAAGCGCGCCUGCAUUCAGUGUGUUGUAGUUCUCCUCCUGCCCUGGCUGGGGCAGUGUAACCUCCAGUAUCCUACUGACUGUGCAGACCUGCUCUUAAGUGGCAGCAGAGUCAGUGAAGUUUACACCAUCUAUCCGGAUGGCGUUAGCUCUGCUGUUCAGGUCUACUGUGAUAUGGGCUGUGAGGACAUCAAGGAGGAGGGUGGAUGGACUGUGUUUCAGAGGAGAGUGGAUGGCACUGUGAACUUCUUCAGGCCUUGGAACCAGUACAAGGACGGGUUUGGCAACGCCUCUGGAGAGUACUGGCUGGGAUUAGAGUUACUACACACACUCACCAGCAAUAGGAGUUACAAGCUAAAAGUGGACAUGGAGGACUUUGAGGGCAACAGGGUUUUUGCCAAGUACUCCUCCUUCUUUGUCAGAUCAGAGAAAGAGGGGUACAAGCUGACUGUCGGUGGCUUCACCAACGGAGGCGCUGGAGACUCUUUGACUCGACACAAUGGGCAAAAGUUCAGCACGUUUGACAAGGACCAAGACAACUAUUCUGGAAAUUGUGCCAACGUUUUUUUCGGGGGCUUCUGGUAUGACAAAUGCCAUGUUUCCAAUCCCAAUGGCCUUUACUUGUGGGGCCCUACAAGCCACUUUGCUGUUAGUGUGAAUUGGCAGGCCUUCAAAGGAUACCAUUAUUCGCUGAAAUCCAUCACUAUGAAGAUUAGACCUGAGGUUUAGGCAGCUGUUGAAGUGUCUAUGUGUUAGAAGGGAUGCAUUCUGAAGAAGUGCACCUAUUAUUAAUUAUCUCUGUCUCUUCUAUCUUUUGGGGUGUUUAUAAAGAGGGAAGUGGGUCAUAUCAGUUCCACUACCCACACAAGCUUAUUAGACCUUAAUCAGUAUAAUGAACUUAAAAUCUUACUAAUUUGACUGGGAUGACCUUUUGUUCACAUAAAAUGCAGCUGUUUUACCUCUGCAUUAGUCGCUCUAUUUGUGUGUUUUAAGAUAUUUUAACACGAUGGUCUGUGCAGAAAAAUGUCUUCAUAUCUGUAAUGGGUGUGGUGUAUUUCUCGGGGUCUUAAAGCAUAAUAAAAAUCGGAAGCAUAAUUGUUGUCCUGUCCUGGAGUUUAUAUUUGGAUCUUCUGCCUACAAAAC